AUGGAGAGACUGCAGGAAGAAGGCCUAGCUGUGAGAACUUCCAUUUUUGCAGCACCUGACCUCAGCAAGAACAAGAAGUGGAAUGCGCUUUUCUCAGAGCCGGGCGUCGACUUUCAUGGCGUGGCGCGCAAUGCCAGUGCCAUCGGGGAGGCCAACGACAUUGCCAUCAGGUCCAAAUGCAAGGAGUUGAUGAGAUCGAAGCACUCCGAACGUCUUGCACUUCUGGCUGCAGAUUUGGAUUUCUUAGGUACCUUGCAGCGCUUGGCAAGAUGCGGUAUUCAAGUCAUGCUUUUCGUGCUUUCGAACAACUAUGCACUGAUUCAUAAAUACCGGGCUGCUGGCAUUCCUGUCGUCGAGCUGGCUUCGCCGAAUGAGCGCGUUUCAAGAGUGAGAGCGACCGUCCAUCCGAACGGAAGUGGUCAGGUGGCUCUGGCUGAUCCGUAUUACCUGCAGGACUGUCUGGAAGAAGUCGAGCUGUGUCAUGCGUUCUUGCAGGACUUGGGCUACGUUCAGGCAGGUUCACACGAGUAUCUAAUCCACGCAGCGUGCAAAUUUUGGCGAAGAAACCGUUUGGGCCAACUCACGGUAUUUCCUCAGCAAUGCGCCAUCAAAGAAGUUUGCCGAGUGGCAUCUGAGCAUGGCUACAGAAAGUGGUUGAAGUUUGCAGAAGAUUCUGCCUUGCUGAUCCCCAUAUAUUCCAGAAGCCGCCUUACAAAAAAGCAGCUGAGCACGUACGGAAGCGGCCUUGCCAGACAAGUGUUCCGUGGAGGGGGUCCGUUCAUGCUCAAGGACUCAAAGGGCAUAGUCCACGUGGCCCUUCGAAAGUUGGGAUACUUGGACGAUGAACUGAGCGCAGAUUUGGCCGAAGCCAUGUUGGCGUUUGUGAAUGCUCCUGAAAACCACUAUGCUUUGCGAAAGAAGCUAGAUCUGCUGCCCGUCAUCGACGACACGGCCAUGGAUACUGAAGAGAAGUUGCGACAGGCUUUCAUGUCCCAUCUCUCAGCGGGCCGUUGGAGAAUAGCCCCCAGAGACACCGAAGUGCGACAUCGUUUACGCAGCCAAGGCUUCCUUGCAAGCGAGAAGGCCGAAGCAAGGGACGUCUUUGAGGCCAUGGCCAAGUAUGCCCGGCUGCAUGGUCUGCCCCGCAUGAACUCUUACGUUGGAUACGUUUUCCGAAUCUUGCGAGCUGCAGGUUCGCAUCAGCCUGCGUCGACAGGUACCGUGGAGUUCGACCUCUCAGGGAGCCCGAUGAUGGGUCCAGUGUCCAUAUGGUCGAACGAAGCUCAGCAGAUGGGCUUUGAGCUCCCAAAGGCCGACGUGUUCGCCUACAACGCAGCCCUGGGCGCAUGCACCAAGGGUCGCGCCUGGGCGCAGGAUGCCUUGGACGCAAAGCAUUUGCUGCCGGACAUAAUCACCUACAACACGCUCCUCAGCGCGUGCGCCGGCGGCUCCCAGUGGCUGCUGGCUUUGGCUUUUCUGGAAGACAGCCUCGAGAGAAGCCUCGAGCGCAAUGUGAUCAGCUACAGCUCUGCCAUAAGCGCUUUGGAACGAUCCAGCGAGUGGACGGCAGCAUUGUGGUUGCUUGCAGACUGCACCGCCGUGCGACUGAAGGCAGAUGUGAUCCUGUGCAGCGCCGCCGCCAGCUCCUGCGCCAAGGGUGGUGCCUGGAAGCAGGCUUUGAACCUCCUCCGGGCCACCGAAGACCACGACCUGGGCGCCGACGUCGUGCUCUUCAGCGCUUCAGUCAGCGCCGCCGAGAAGGCCGGAAAGUGGCAGCAGGCACUGCACCUGCUGGAUGACGCCUCCGCCAAAAGGCUGCAAGCCAAUGUGAUCACCAUCAGCGCGGCGGUGAGUGCGUGCGAGAAGCAGGGGCGAUGGGAGGAAGCCCUUCGCCUUCUGCAAAACAUGGUGCUCAGUGAGCAGCAGCCAAACAUCGUCACGUACAACGCAGCGAUCAGUGCCUGCGAGAAGGCUGCCAAGUGGCAGCAGGCGAUUGCGUUGCUGCAGGACCUAAUCUUGAGCAAGCUGCUCCCCACGGAGAUCACCUGCAACGCGCUCAUCAGUGCCUGUGAGAAGUCGGGCGAGUGGCAGCGGGCGCUGCUGCUGUUCGCUGAGUUCCCGACCAGGCACCUUCGCCCGAGCGCGAUCAGCGUGAACGCCGCCUGCAGUGCGUGCGAGAAGAGGAGCUGCUGGCGUCAGGCCCAGCACUUGCUCUUUGAGGCCGAGCAACUUGGUCUCCGCCUGGAUGUGAUCUCCUUCAGCGCCGUCAUCAGCGCCUACGAGAAGGCGGCAGAGUGGAAGAAAGCCCUGUGCCUCUUCCACGCCCUUGGGGCCAGGCAAAUGCCCCCCGAUGACGUGGCCUACAGCGCCGCCAUCAGCGCCUGCGAGAAGGCCGGCCAUUGGCGACAAGCCCUGGUGCUGCUGUCAGAGAUGUCCGAGAGAGAGGUCGCGGCCAGCGUGAUCGCCUACAACGCGGCCCUCAGCGCUUGCGACGCCGGGUCGCAGUGGCUUCACGCUUUGGAGCUCUUCCACGAUCUCAGCCUCCAAAGGCAGAGUCCGGUUGUCAUCACCUACAACGCGCUCCUCAGCGCCUUCGCGUCUGCGCGGCAGUGGCAGCUGGCGCUGCAGCUUCUGCAGCAGGCAGCAGGGCAUCGAGUGGAGCCGGAUGCGAUCAGCCACGCUUUCGCCCUGCUGGCGGCCGAGGGCCACAGCAUGCCGAAGGAGACGCUCGGUCUGAUGCCCUCCUUGACGGCUGCCGGCCUUGCCUGCUGCCGCCGGUGCUGA